AUGGAGAAUUCGACAGAGACGGAUAAUGCCUUCACAUUGUCUAGUAGUGUCAAAAGACUAACUCUUCUAAAUACUUUUCCUGCGGUUAAUUCACCGAUCUUACCAUCCAGGUGGACGGAGGCCUUUAGCAAUGAAGUUGAGCUCAAGGAGGCGGAACCCGAUGCUAUCGCAACUAUCAUCCGUUUCCUAUAUGGAUUCAACUACGGUAGUAGUAGUGGCGGCAACACUCGUACAUCUCCCAUCUUAUUCGAUGCCCAGAUCUACGGCCUCGCAGAUAGAUAUGGCAUUCCAAGCUUAAAGAAGCACGUCAAGGAUAAAUUUUCCAAAUCCAUUCGUGCAUGUUGGGAUAUGGAUGAUUUCCCCCUUGUGAUUGAGGAGGUCUAUUCUUCUACCCCUGCUGCGGUUCGGGAUCUUCGGGAUUUAGUAGCUGGAAUUAGCUAUGAGUUUCGCUCUAAGUUGUUGGUAAAGGAGGAAUUUAUAAGGGUUCUGGAUAGCUGUUCAUGCUUUGCGGCUGAUCUUGUUAGGCUGGGAGCAAGCUCGGAAUCCAUGGCGAAGUAUCGGUGUCCUGUGUAUCGGUGUCCUGUUUGCGGUAAGAGGUGGGGAUGCGAUGCCAAUGUGAGAUUUUGUGUGCUUUGCGGGAAAUCCUACUCCGGCUGGAGUUUAUUUGUCGUCAAAUAG